AAAAAUAAUAAAAAAAGUAGACCAGUGUGGCUUUACCAUGUGUGGUUUAACAAAGUUGGUAGUGGUUGAGGAUACUUUAGGCUGUAAUGGCUGUAAUUUAAAGUGCACUGCUACCUCCCAUCGCUAUUUCUGGAUUCAUCGUGUGAAUAAUCAAAUCGCAUAUUUCCCAAUACCCCCCACCUCUUCUUUCCUUUUCCUUCUUCCAUAACCGGCCAAAGGAAUAUAAAUAAACAACCCAAAAAAUAAAAAAUGAACAAAAGCCGAACUUUUUUCAGACACUCUCACACCUACUCAUCAUCAUCAUCAUCAUUGAAAUUUGAAGCUCAUUUGUAAUAAAGCUCAAACCUUUACCAAUUCCCACCCAUUUUUCCGUAUGGCCAAAACCUCCAUACUCAUCUGGGUUUUCUUUUUCUUCCUAUUUUAUUCUUACCCAGUAAAAUCCGAUUCCGGCGAGCUCUUCUUCGUCGGAUUCAAAGACGCCCGCGAAAACCUCUCUUUAAACGGCGUUGCGGAGAUCCAACAAAACGGCAUCCUCAGGCUCACAAACGACACUCUCCGGGUCCUCGGCCACGCCUUCUACUCGUCGCCGUUCCGGUUCAAGAACGCCACGACUGGUAAAGCGUUGUCGUUUUCGAUCUCCUUCGCCUUUGCCAUCGUCCCCGAGUACCCGAAGCUCGGUGGCCAUGGCCUCGCCUUUACGAUCUCGCCUUCCAAGGAACUACCCAAGGCCCUCCCCAGCCAGUACCUCGGGCUCCUCAACUCCACCGACGUCGGAAACUUCUCGAACCACAUCUUCGCCGUCGAGUUCGACACCGUCCAGGACUUCGAGUUCGGCGACAUCAACGACAACCAUGUCGGCAUCGACAUCAACAGUUUGGCCUCCAACAUGUCCGCAGCGGCGUCGUAUUUCGACGAGAAAACGGGUAUCAAAACGGACCUUAAUCUCAAGAGCGGCAAGCGAAUCCAAGCUUGGAUCGACUACGAUUCGGCCCAAACCCAGUUAACAGUCAAGCUCUCUCCCUCCUCCACCAAACCCAACUCUUCGAUUCUCACUUUCGAUGUCGAUCUCUCGAAAGUUCUCGAAGAUUCCAUGUACGUUGGGUUCUCUGCUUCAACUGGAUUAUUAGCAAGUUCUCAUUAUAUCUUCGGCUGGAGCUUUAAUCUCAACAAUGGCGAAUCCAAAUCACUUGAUUUAGACUCAUUGCCUUCUCUUCCAGGCCCGAAAAGGAACUACACAGUUCUCAUUCUCAUCGUCUGUAUGGCGUCAAUUCUGGUGAUAAUCUUUAUCUCGGGAAUCGCGUUUUACCUAAUCAGAAACAUCAAGAACGCCGACGUAAUCGAAGCUUGGGAGCUAGACAUCGGGCCCCACAGAUUCUCCUACGAGGAGCUCAAACAAGCCACGAGAGGGUUCAGAGACAAGGAGCUUCUCGGGUUCGGCGGAUUCGGGAAAGUCUAUAAAGGGACAUUACCGAACUCGAAAACCCAGGUGGCGGUGAAGAGAAUCUCGCACGAGUCGAAACAGGGUCUCCGAGAAUUCGUAUCGGAGAUCUCGAGCAUCGGGCGGCUCCGCCACCGGAACCUCGUCCAGCUCCUCGGAUGGUGCCGCCGCCGCGGAGAUCUUCUCCUCGUCUACGACUUCAUGCCCAACGGAAGCCUCGACAAGUACCUUUUCGAGGAUCCCAAGAGGAUUCUGACAUGGGAGGAGAGGUUCAAGAUCAUCAAAGGCGUGGCUUACGGCUUGUUGUAUCUUCACGAGGAGUGGGAACAGACGGUGAUUCACAGAGACAUUAAGGCCGGAAAUGUUUUGUUGGAUUCCGAGCUUAACGGACGGCUCGGAGAUUUUGGUUUGGCGAAGCUUUACGAGCACGGUUCGAACCCGACGACGACGAGGGUGGUCGGGACUUUGGGGUACUUGGCGCCGGAGCUGACGAGGACGGGGAAGCCGACGACGAGCUCCGACGUGUUCGCGUUUGGUGGGCUUUUGCUGGAGGUGGUUUGUGGGCGGAGGCCCGUUGAGCCCAAGGCCCUACCGGAGGAGCUCAUUCUGGUGGACUGGGUUUGGGAUAAGUGGAGAGUUGGGGCGGUUCUUGACGUUGUGGACCGCAGGUUCGAUGGGGUGUUUGAUGAGGUUGAGGCCGUUGUGGUGCUUAAAUUGGGCCUAAUGUGUUGUGGUAAUUGGCCGGAGGCCCGGCCCACUAUGAGGCAGGUGGUGAGAUACUUGGAAGGGGAGGUGGCGCUACCGGAAGUGGUGGCGCCGCCGGAUGGCGGGAAGAAAGGUGAGAGUGGGUUUGAGGAUUAUGUGCAUUCGUAUCCAACGUCGUCGUUUAUUGAGAGGGCGAGUACAUUUUUGUCUACGGGUGAUGAAUGUGAGGUUGAUGUUGAUGUUGAAGCUGCCUCGUCAACAUCCUCUCUUUAGUGGCUGUAAUGCCUUCUUUCUACUAUUGUUUUGGGAAUUUCUUGUUUUUUUUUUU